AUGAAGCUUAGAGAGAAAGAGUCCACGUCAAUUGUCAAUACCUUCGGCAAAAAAGAUGAACCUCCUUUAUUUAUUCAAGCUGCGGACAGAAUUCUCACCGAUACCAGUCUGACCAUAAGGAACGGACAGGCUAAUCCAGUUGGCAAUUAUCAACCUUUACAACACCAACAGACCCAAGAUCCAGGUUUCUCAAUAGAAGAACAAGAGCCACAGCAACGGAUGGAAGGAGUAGGAGCGUAUGGAGGGACAAGCUGGACAUUUCUUCCCGUUAGGGGAGAAGAAACUGAGGGACACAAUAUCCUCCACCAACUAGAAAGUGGCUAUCAGACGAGUGGGAUGAAUGGAUCCUAUGAGGGAUUGGUGCGAGAUGCAGGCCAGGAAACGACUCUGAGGAGUCUCUCGAUGAGGUUUCGGGGAUCAGAAGACUACCCUUUGCGUGGCAUGAGUGCUCCAGAUACUGAGGAGGGACUUGAUGUUGACCAGCAGGACCGUCGAAGAGGAUUGCCAAGUGGAGCCAUUCAACUUAAACAGAAGGAGCAUGCUACAGAGCAUUACUGCGACACUCUGGGAACGGAGUUGUGGUAUGAAAAUGUCUGCACGUUGCGUCGCUUUGAUGAAGCCAUGAUGAGCCAGCUCGAAGGGCGAUUCUGCUUUGGAACAUAUCAUUGGAAAAUUCAGAGUUUUGAAAAGCGUCGCUCAGAUGCCAUCACAGGAGCCAUGGUAGCUCAGUUUAGCCCCUCAAUCCGCAACAGGCUUUAUGGUUACAAUUUCUGCAUGAUGAUGUAUCCCAAUGGUGUCAAUAGUGGAGUGGGCAGCCAUGUUGCAAUCUACGUCCACAUGAUACAAGGAGAGAAUGAUGACCGACUGCAAUGGCCCUUCACUGGUGUCAUAACGUUGUCAAUCUUGGAUAGAAGUGGUUCUGAAACCCCCAACGAUAUCACCAAAGUUCUGACAGCCUCUCCAAACCUGGCAGCAUUCCGAAAACCCACAGCUAUUUGGAACAGCAUUGGGUGUGGAUUCGAAAGAUUUGCUCCCAUUUAUGAGGUAUUACAGCCAAGAUUCCUAAAGAACGACACCCUGGUCGUUAAAAUGGAAAUUUCACUCCGUUAG